GUGUGCACAGUCUGUCUGGGGAGCAACGGACACAGCUUCAUCGAAUGUACAGCAGAUCGACUCUGGGACAACUCUCACCCUUCCCUCGCGACUCGCGUCGACAAACAAUUACUCCUGCGCAAGUCCGACAAGCCACUUUGUGUCGACUGGCAGCGCUCCCGUGGUUGUUCAAGCCAUUCUCACAACGAACGACACAUCUGUUCCGGUUGUCUUGGGAAGUCUCACGGCGCUCAACAAUGUUCUUGCGCGCAG